GGCCAUGGAGAUAGCUUGUCAGAUGCAUCCCUUCUUCGUCUCCUCUCUACUGGCAAAUUAAAGACACGCCAGCUGGAGUCAGUUACCUGUGGUUCUACUUUGCGAGCUGUCGAGUUAAGGCGCGCUGAUUUGGCGCGUCUCCUUGGCUCUCCUCAUUCUCUCGAUGGCUAUGUCCCGAUUCCAAUCGGUAAAGUUGGGCCUCUCUUGUUAGAUGGCACGGCGCAUUACCUCCCCUUGGCAACUACAGAAGGCUGUCUAGUAGCCAGCACUAACAGAGGAUGCCGAGCCCUAUUUCUGUCAGGCGGCGUCACCAGUGUCAUCUACAGUCCUUACCCUAUUUGGGGCUUAUAA